UCUGCUGGUAUCUACAAACAAUGAAGGUCGUCACACUAUUUUUUGUCUGCGUGGCUUUGACCAAUUUUGCAAAAAUUGGUGCUAUGAAUAAUAGCUCUAGAACCAGUACUAAUCCAUUUACAGCUACUGUUGCUGAGACCACUACACGACAUAUUCAUGCUACUAAUUAUCCGGCAAUCCAUCCAGAUAUUGGUGAUUGGACGAAACAUAGGCAUACUCAUCCCACUAGAAUUCUCACACCUGUUCCUAAUAAACCCAAUCUACCAGCACAACAAAUCCGGAUACAAAAGGUAAUAGAUGGAAAUGUUCCAGGAUGGCAUUUACUUCAAGGAGAACUCAUGCAUGAUUACGAAAUUAUGUCCUGCCAUGGUCCACAUGGGUACGCUAUGGUUGAACUCACUGGUAGGGAACGCUUCUAUGCAUGCCUCAAACCCUAUUUGUAUCAUAACGAGACUAAAAGCAGGGAACAUACCGGUGGCCCUCAAGUUUACCUCGCUUAUGUAUUACUAUAUGGUAAGCCCAGAAUGGAAGCUGAUCUUGCGCCUCGCGAUGAAACGUCAGCGCUUGAUUCUCGCGGCCUUCUAUUUCACGGCCGCGCCGUACGUAAUCAUUUUAAUGUAACGCAAUCUCUAGGGCGCGUUCGUUAUGUACUGCCGAAUAAUAGUGAAGUUGAAGGAGACUUAUAUGAAUAUCCUGGUGCACCUAUAUUUAGAACUUAA